AUCACUGCAUUUACCACGUUUUUUAUAUUUCGGCGGCUUGUGCUGUAUUUGAAGCUUGAAUCCCGACUACGGAUACCAGCCGAAUGACAGCGGAGUCAAAGCGUCCGCCACCAUCUCAUGGGCCGCUCCAGACCUGACAGCUGACAGGGUCCGUCCCGUCCCCCACGCGGCCAGCACGCAGCCAAUAUUUCAGCCGCACGAACAAGUCACUCACACUAUACUCAGCUCUCACCCUCAUAAUGACGGGUACCCCUCAUCAUCAACCUUUGCCAGGCGUGGGCGCUACACUGCCAAGUUGGUUCGGAUCAUAAAGAUGGACAUCUACGACCUCACCGAGGCGACGGCGCGCACCGUGCUCUCCGACUCCAACGACUACCCAGCUGCAGCUGAUACAUCCGGGUCUAGUUCCGCCGGAGCUACCCCGCCGGGUCUCGAUCUCGCUGAUGUUUGGCAAUUUGUGCUUCAUUGCCCCGACUUGGAUCGGUUUAAAACCACCAGUUUCAUGCCGACGGGCACGGCCUUCGGGAUUGGAGAGGGUGCUUGCUAUCGCGUUGAUAGGGGGGAGGUGAAUAGAGAAGGCGAUGCGAAGGUUUUGGCUAUUAAGUAUCUUAAGACUACUGAGCAUCCGUCGAGGAAGGUGGAUGAUGUGGAGAGUAGGCGUUCGAUUGAGACUGUGCUCCGGGAACUGAGGGUGCUGACCCAUAACCCGAUUAGGGAGUGUGAGAAUAUUGUUCAGCUCCUUGGGUAUGGGUCGCGGACUGUGGGAGAGCAUAUAUCGCUGUAUCUUGUUGCGGAGUUUGCGGCGCAUGGCACGUUGAGGGGGUAUCUGGGGAAGAAGAGGGAGGCGGGCGAGAAGGUGUCGGUUGUGGAGAAGAUCAGGUUUUGCAGCGGAAUUGCGAAUGGGUUGGCUGCGUUGCACGCGUCUGGGAUAGCGCAGGGAGAUGUGAAGCUGGAGAAUACGCUUGUUUGUGAGACUGAUGGUGGGGAGAUUGUGGCGAAGCUUUCGGAUUUUGGACACUCGAUUCUUGAUGAUGAGUCGAGGUAUAUCGGGACGACUAUCUUUAAUCCGCCGGCGGUGCGACAGGGAAAGUCGAUUUCGACGAUGAGAGAAGAUCACUAUAAAUGUGAUAUUUUUUCUUAUGGCUUGAUGGUGUGGGAGAUUGUGCAGGAUGGAAAAAGAUAUGCUGACCGUCAACAUCGAGACGAUCCCAUCACCUGGCUUAAUGGGUUGCCGAGAGAUGAUCUUCUGCGCCUUGCAUUGCUGGCUACUCAAGAUCUUCUACCGGCUGAUGCAGCCAAAAUUACAUUGCUGCAAAAUGUGUUGGAGUCUACCUUGAGGGAUGAUGCAGCAGAUCGAGUAACUAUUGGGGAAGUUAUGAAGCUUUUCAACUUGGAACGAGAAUUUGUUGCAAAAGAAAAGAAGAUGACAAUAAUAUCCUCUUUUGGGACUUCUCAACUUUCAACGCUCGAAAGAUGGUCGUUGUAUAGGGCCGAUUCACUUGCAAACACAGUCCCGUUUCCUCUGCAGAAACGAGUAUUCGCGAGAUUGCAAUCGAUGGCCUCUACCCAUACAGAUCCAGCCAUUCUCGGGAGAACUUUGUUCGAGUUGAGCAUGUGCUACCUCCAUGGAUUUGGAGUCGAAGCCGACCAGGAGAAGAUGCUUGAAUAUCUACGGGAAGCUGCGUCGCUGAAACUUCCUAUGGCCGUGGGAAUUUGCCAUAGAAUACAUCAAUCGUACUCACGAGAGCUUCCCCAGACGUUAUCACAUGGCCACCCUAUGCUCGAGGCGGAAGAUCAGUUGAUUAGACUUCCAGCCGAGAAGUACUUUUCAGCACGUAUUCGAAAGCACGAGUCCUUGUUUCAACAGUCUAUUCUACAGAUGCCGUUUGAUCUCUACUCGGACGACGUUCUGAUUGCGAAGGAUCUUAGUUUCGUACGAAUUGAUGAGCUACAGACUAUAAUUACAAGGGGGGGCAUCAAUAUCUCAUCCUUGGUUGGGAGGGUUUCAUCCCUCGAUUCUACGCAGUUUGGAUCUUUGCUUCACUUAGCCGCACGACUAGGAUGCCUCCCAAUUGUAGAGCUUCUUGUUAAUGCCGGCUCUGAUGUUAACCUUCACUCCGAAGGCUGCGGGACACCUGUGACAGCUGCAUGCCGAGGCGCCAAUUCGGAUAUAGUCCGGUUCCUUCUUCGCAACGGUGCAACUGCACAGCGCCUGGGCGGUAAAGGGCCCGCGCCGCUUCAUUGGAUGAUCAUGUUCGAGGAAGACGAACUUGAGCCAAUGGUCAAGCUUCUUCAAGACCACUCGGGGGACAUUGACUUGUUCUCGAAAGAGGUGCUAGAGCUACGAGAGCAUUCGAUUCGCUUUGUGUUUAGGCCGAUACACUUUGCUGUACAGGCCAGAUACUAUAAAUUGAUUGAGGUAUUGCUUAAAGCAGGUGCCGCCACACGUGGCGGGGUAUUGACACCUCUAGAUCUUGCCGUCUCUCUUGGCUUCCCAGAAUUGACAACACUUUUCCUUCAAUCUCAUCCAUCUAGCGGUAUGCAAAGUCCUCUUUUACAUCAAGGACUAUCGAACGGUGUCCAGUCACUACUGCAACAUGGGAACCAAAUUCGAUCGCAGUUCGAAUCUACACUCGAUAUGGUACUCAAGUCAACCUUCUCGGAUAUCAAUGUGCCUGAUGACUUUGGUCACACACCAUUAGCCAAUGCAAUUAACGACUGCGCUUGCGAGAUAAAUUUAGACCAGCUGGAAGUCCUUAUUGGCCGUGGCGCUGAGCUCAACAUCUCUACUGAAAGGGUCGUGAAUAUAUUAGCCAAAAGGAAUGACGGACGAGGCGGUCGGAUCAUGAAGCUGCUGCUGAGUUCCGGAAAGAUAAAGGCUUCGCCCGUGCUCCUCAAUCAAACCUGUCUUUACGGCGAUGAGGAGACUCUCAAAGCCGUGCUAGAAAGUGGUGAUAUUGACGUGAAUGCCCCGCAUAUUGAAGAAGAUGGCGCUAUCGGAGCACUUCAUUCUUCCGUUAUGAUUCCUGGAGGCUAUCAGAUUAUUCGCACUCUGCUAGAUCAUGGCGCAGACAUGAAUGCAAUAUACCAAGAGCGGUAUGCACUUGAGUUGGCCAUCAUGACCCCCAUUGGAGAUGGCGAUGUUAUUGAUCUCUUAAUCGAGCGCGGUGCUGAGUUGACAUCGCCAACAGAGACCACCAUCCUACACGUCGCUGCUCGCCUAGCCUCUAAAGUCAAUGGAUCUCAUGUACUAUUUCACCUUCUUCGACACGAUAGGGUGCGUGCGUUAAUUAACACCCCUAUGGAUCGCAAAAACCCCUAUGCCCCAAUACACUGGGCUUGCAUUAGCGGAGAGAUAGAAGCUAUUGCGGCACUAGUUGAAGCAGGGGCAGAAAUCUGCACUAUCGACGAGUUAGAUGUAGUGUCACUCGUUCGAGUAGUAGGACGUUGUCCAGAGCUAAGUCCGAAUGCGAAAAAUAGAGAUUUUGAUAUAUCAAGACAUCGACUGCAAGCAGAAAAAACUUAUCUGAUGCUACUCGAUCAGGUUGAACCUGGACACCGAAGAACUCCACUCCAUGUAGCUGCCAUGAUUGGCAACUAUGAGCGAGUUGUUGCUCUCGUCGAGAAUGGUGCAGACGUGUGGGCUGCAGAUUCAGAAAAUCGGACACCUGUAGGACAUUUACAUCCUGAUGCUAUGGAUCCAGACUAUGUAAUUGAGGACCCAGAACACACGGUAUUUUUCGAAAAUAGUAGGAAGAUAUUUGGGUAUCUCCAGAUGAAGAUGAUUAGCGUUGCAGGUGUAGCUACGUCGUUGGAAGAAACGAAAGAAGUGUUUUUCAGAUCCAUGCCCGAAGAAGAUGACUCCCCAGAACAGCUUCUGGUGAUGAACACCCAGCUGAUGGAGAACUCCAAAAGAGAUCUGGGAGAGGCCCACCCCGACACAAUUUUUGCCAUUUCCGAACUUGCGGAAGCUAAUCAGUUAUUCGAAGACAAAUUCCAGGAGGCAGUGGCUCUAGAACGGAUUGUUUAUGAGUACCGGGAAGCGAACCUGAAAGACGACGAUGCAGAUCUAUUUGAGUCACGCAGUAGUCGCGUCCGGAUUUUACUUCAUGCGGGAAACCUGGAAGAAGCAAGAAGUUAUGGACAAGAAGUGCUCGAGCUUGCCCUCAAGAGCCUAGGGGAAAAUCACCUUAACACGGACAUCGCACGGCUUAACCUGUCUCUUGUAGAUGCAGCUGAAGGAAAAGCUGAAGAAGCUUUAGAAUAUCAGAAGGAGCUUCACGGAACGAUGGGUUCCAGAGAUGGUGUCGGGUUUCACAAUCGCGAUGUGUUAAUGGUAAAAUUCAAUAUCGCGCACACAGAUUGUAGGUUAGGACGCUGGGACGAUGCCGAAGCAGAUGUCAUAUAUUUGCUGGGAAUUCUUGAGUACAUCAAAAAGAAAGCUUAUCCUGACUAUUUUAUCUCCCUUCUCAAUCUCGCCCAAACCCACGAAAGGCAUAGCAGUUGGGACAAUGCGCAGCUCAUAUAUCAAAGCCUCAUGGAGCAUGCCAUGAAGACUAGGGGAGGGCAGUCAUAUUACACUAUGAGAGCAAUGGCGGUUCUUAUACAGCUCCACAAUAAACUAUCAAAGUUUAAGGAGGCGUCCGACAUUCAACUUAAGUUGUUGGAGAACUUGAAAGCCAAACAUGGACUUCAACACCUCGAAACACAAACUAAUCUCACGGGGCUUGCUGAAACGUACGAGAACCAAGGCCGGUUGCUGGAAGCCAAUAUUCUUUGGCAGCAGGCCGUUGAUCUACUACAAGAGGCGCUUGGUCCAACAGAUGAUAUGACACUGAAAACCAAACGUUCGUUGCUCCAAAACUUCCACAAGCAGGAGCUCUUCGAGAAAGCCGUACAGGUAAGUCGAGAGAUAGCGUCCGCAUAUAAAACUACUCUCGGCGAUGACGAUCCAAAAACGCUGUCGGCGGAGACCGAGCUCGCUGUCUUGAUCAAUAAAACGAACAAAAGCGAAGAAGCAAUUGUGUUACAGGAGAAAGCCCUGCAAUCAUUCGAAGCUACCCAUGGGAAGGUGGAUGGUGAUGUGGCCAGGGCAUUAGUAAAUCUAGGGGGAAUGUAUUUACGAGCUGGUCGAACUGAAGAUGGCGUGGUUACGGUGAAAAGAGCGCUUGCUAUCUAUGAAGAACUCCUUGGCGCCGAGAGUCUCGAAGUUGGAACAUGCCUCCAAUUCCUCGCAACAGCUGCCAUAAAUGCGGGAAAUCGACAGGAUUCCUGCGACUAUCAUGAAAAGGCGCUAGAAAUUGAACGUAAAGUCAGAGGGUCGGAUAAACACGACGCGUUGCAUCUGAUGCAAUGUCUGGCAUAUGACUAUACUGCCAUCGGGAAAGCUGACAAAGCUAUGGUUUUGCAGAAAGAAGUUUUAGAAGGAUAUCGGAACUUGUACGAUGAAGAGAACAAGGAUGUUUUAGGGGCUCUAUUUGAUCUCGCGUCUCUGCACCAUAGUUUAGAAAAUCUGCAAGAGGCGGCAACACUAUAUGAACAGGCACUCCAGGGUCGUCGAAAACUACUCGGAGACUCGCACGAGGAUACUCUAGAAAGCAUCGAAACCAUUGCGAUUGUAUACGCUGACAUGGAACGCUGGGAAGAUGUACAGCCCUUUGCCCAUGAAAUGUACGCACGAACACUUGAGAAAUACGGCGCCGAGCAUACAAAGACAAAUGCAGCUAGGCAGGGACUCGUCACUGCAUACCACUUUUUACAGCUCUGGCCAGAAGUUGAAGAACUCCAGAAGCAGGUUGUCGAUAUAUCAAAACGAACUCUCGGGGCUGACCAUCCGGACACUAUCGAAUCUAUGGAUAUCCUUUGCGAGGCAUAUAGCAGCCAAGAGAAGUAUAAGGAAUGUGAACCUUUUGACGUCACUAUUUUAGAAUAUAGGCGACAAGCUUUGGGUCCAGCGGACGAAAAAACGUUGCAAUCAAUGAGCAACCUAGCAUAUACUUAUGUGGAGAUUAAGAAGUACGGCGAGGCUGAAAAGUUGAGAUUGGAGAUGCUAGAGAUAUACCUCGAAAUGGCGGGUGAAGACAGCGAGGACUACAUUGACACCAAAGUCAAGCUUGCGAAUAUUUACUGGUACCAAGGUCGACUGGAUGAAGCAGAGGCGCUCGAACUGACGAUCAUGGAGUCGCGGAUUCGAAUUUUGGGCGAUGAUGAUCCGCUGACCCUAGAUGCAAUGGAAUCCCUCGCAAAGACUCUUGUCAAGCAAAAGGAGUUUGAUAACGCAGAAAUGCUAUAUCUGGGCGUCCUGGCGUCACAGAAAAAAGCUGCAACCACGCAUCUUGAUCCAUAUGUUCUGACAACAAUAAAGCGCCUGGAAGAUCUUUGCAGUGCACAAAACCGGUGGGGCGAGGCAAAAGAGUAUGCGGUAAUACUACUGGAUGCCAUGAAAGAGCUUGCGCCUGUUAAUGAUGGAAGGGGUGUAUUAUCAGCGCUGAGUGAUCUGAGGAGGAUUUAUUUCAGGUUGGAUGAGAAUAAGGAUGUUCUGGAUGACUUGGAUGUGCUGAUUGUACGGGAAAGGGGGAGAAGGGGGCUUAGAUUUGGUGGGACUGGGCAGAUUUUCUCGACCUUGGCAGCAUUGAAGGAUAACUAGUCUGUUUAUACUGUCAAUACAUCUGAAAGCCAUAAUAAGAACACAUUUAAAGCAG